CGACUUCCAUAGUUCAAGGUUGUGUGUCCUUUAAAUAAAUAUCGCUUACAAAAGCUGCUUUAAUUUGUACACGUUUUCAGACGAGUGCAUACGUGUACCUUUGUUUACUAACAGACUUAGUCCGAGGGUACCGUAUGAACACUUCUUGUUGAGAUUCCAUUAGAAAUGGCGGAGUUUUCCAAGAAUGAAAGGCAUGAUUUUGAUCUGGAAGUUGUUCAUCAAGGCUUCCUGCGAUGUCGACAGAACAACGAUCAGCUGAUCUUGAGAGAUUACCUGGAGGCAUACCACGAACUGAACAGAUUCUUCCGAUUAAGUGGUAGAUUGUUUGGAUUUGUAGCAAAGGACCUGGAAGAGAAAAUACACGUUCUGGAGAGUCACAUGAAUAGUCCUAAUGGUCAACAUUACAAUACCAUCCAAUCAAUGAUCGAGUUUGAGGUCACAAACAAAAUUACGAAGGUCAAGCACAAACUUCCUUCAGGCUCAAGGUCGUUGCUUCGUCUUCACAGAGGAUUAGAAUUUAUUCUCGAGUUUAUGAAACGUUUAGGUCAAAGUUCAGAUGACGACAGAUCAUCGUUGAUAGCAGCAGAAACUUACAAAGACACUCUUUCCAAAUAUCAUCCGUGGAUUGUGCAGAAAAUGGCGGGAGUUGCCAUGUACAUGUUACCCAGCAGACGACAGCUUUUUGAGACAAUGUGCAAACAUGAUUACACACAUGCGUCAGAACUCUUAGAGUCAGUCGUUAACGUAGGAGAACCAGUGUAUGACAGAACACAGAAUAUUUUUUCGGAACAUGAAUUGCUUGAUUUACCUUGAAGAAUACGUCAUCCUGUACUCUGAAGUGAACAGUAAUACUCAUUUUAAGGAAUCCAUUCCAUGUCCAUUAGGAUCGAACAUAGGCACUCCUCACCUUAUCGAUAAUUGGUAAAUAAAAA